AGCAGAGUGAGACUGUAUCAAAAUCAUGGAGGGGGGUAGUUCACAAAAUUUUGAGUUGAAGAUGCUGAUGCGCUCUUCUUUUCCCCUUUUUCAUCGAUGGAGCCCUGCCCUGCCCUGCCCUUCUUUUUCUUUUUGUGGGUUCAAUUUGAUCUUUAUUGUACUAUUAUGAGGGCGAUUGAUUGAUGUGUGUUGCUGGAAAUCGUAGAGAAAUGGAGCACGGUUCUCUGAAUGAUCCAAGCAAGGCAACCUUCUCUUUUGUUGAUGAAGACCACACACUUGCAAAUUCCGUCCGAUUCUGCUUGAAUCAAGAUCCAAGGGUAUCAGUCUGUGGUUACAGCAUUCCUCAUCCCUCAGAUGCUCGUGUUAACAUUAGAAUUCAAACUACAGGUGAGCCAGCAAGGGAGGUACUGAAGGAUGGAUGCCAGAAUUUGAUGCUAAUGUGCCAGCAUGUGAGGGGAACUCUGGACAAGGCUGUUACUGACUUCAGAAUGAACAAUCCCACAAAAAUGGAAACAAAGAGUGACUCAGAAAUGGAAACUUAGAGCGUUUCGGAUUGAAAAAUGACAAUGACCAUUGCCAAUCAUAUCAUGUUUGAUUGUAUUUUGUUACACAUUGCUUGUCAGAGUCUUCUAUCGUAAAUCAUUACCAGAUGUAGAUCCCAGAGAUCAGAAUCCUUUCUCCAGGUUUUGACUUGAGAAGAAGGCAAAUUUUGGACACAACAGUAAGCUAUGCUCUUCAAUUUUGAUUUCUAAUGUCGAAAAAUUCAAAUCGGAAUAUACGAAAAUGAGGAGUGCUUGGGACUCUUACAUCUAGGCCUGAAACUAUAAUACAAACAAUCAAUACACGAUGCCCUCUAGCUUUUUACAUAAUACACAACAAUAAUUUGCAGAUUUGCCUAGCUUAGCUACCAACUCCCCUCUGUUUUGGGAUGUGGACUCAUGGAAGAAUUUUGAAAUGGAAGAGCCAGGAAACAACAAAGGCGAGAACCAUGCAAGCGAGUAGGAAGUUCAUAAUACGGCGGCUAUGCCACGCCGGCCUGGCUUCCACCAGAACUACUGGAGCUGUUGCGGGUACUGAUGCAGCAGCAUUUGCAUUGAACGCCAUGUUUGUCAACUCCCCAGCAACAUUAACGGCUGCAGCACCACAGAUCUCACAUAUCAAGUUACCCUUGAUCUUGAACCAAGUCUCGGCGCACUUCUUGUGAGCGGCAGCGAGAUCGCCUUUACAGCAACAGCCCAGCUGAAUGGCCACCCCGCUCUCAUGCUCAUUACUCAGCAGGCCCAAAUGGCAAAUCCUGCAAUCUCUAGCAGCAGCAGCCUUAUCAUUAUUAUGAUCAGCGGAAUGCACCUUCAGCUCCAAUUCCCCACUCUCCAAAUCCAAGUCGGAGAUGCCAUCGGAGGCGGUGGAGUUCCGGUGAGCCCCAAUCUCCCCAAAUGACAGGUCACUGCUGCUGCGGCUGAAAUGAUGCUCCCUCUCCCUUUCCAGCUGGGUACUGCUUAAAGUUUGCAUCUUUUUGAGAGGAGGAGAAGAAAACGAAAGAGAGAGACCGACCCAGAAGCAGAAUCAGCAGGCUCUUCUUCUUGUUGUUGUUGUUCUUCUUCUUCCCAUAGGAGGGGGGAGAUGGGUGAAAAGUGGAUCGAGUAAGGUUAAUGGAAGAUUUUCGAAGGAGUUAGGUGGUGGUGGUGAUAAUAAUGGGAUUUGGAUCCUUUCUUCUGUUCACACAAUAAUAAAGAAGUGAAGUCGGAAAGGAAACGGAAGAAUGGAAACUGGGUGCGUUUGGAUUUGUGUUGGAGCAGAGCAGAGCAG